AUGGAGACGCUGAGGAGCCGCCUUCCGGGAGUCCACCUUCCCCACAGACUCGUCCUCGAGCUUAGAAAAGAGGACGAGGCACAGAAGGCGAGACACAAGAGCCAGACACGCCGCCCUUAUCAAGUUCCGUGGGAAGAUGCCCAUGAGUGCCACGGGUCCGAGAUCACGUGGGCGACAGAGGACCCGUAUGAGUGCCAUUCGGUUGUGGAUUACGGCACCAUGAGGACUCUCGGGGAAUGCUUGGUAUUGGCUCUGGUGUUGUCAGGAGCAUGGGGGGGAGUACAGAGGGAGUCGAGGAUUGUGGGGGGGCCAAGGAGCGACUGGGGGCAGUUCCCCAUGAUGGUAGCUGUUCUGACACGUCCGCUUAUAGGGACCUCCAAGUUGUUAUGUGGUGGAACUGUUCUCAAUGACAACCACGUUCUCACUUCUGCUUCCUGUGUGAUGGACCACACUGCUCUUGGUCUGAAGGUCAUGGCAGCUGGCCUUGACCUUCUCGGGUCAGCUGGAUACGAAGAAUACAAGAACAUCCAACAUGUGUUUAUCCACGAGGCUUAUGACCCCGUCACCAAGACGAAUGAUAUAGCUGUCUUGAGGACGGGCCAGAAUUUCGUGUUCGUGGAGGGCCUGAUCGACCCAACGGUCCUUCCCGAAGGACGACCUGGAGCCUGCGAGCGGUGCCUUCGCCUCCGUCGCCGGUUGGGGCAUGGACAGGUACGAGGGCAGCACGGUGCAAGAACAGCGCACGGUCAACGGAACGUACAUGCCCAACGCCGAGUGUGUGGGCAUCUUCGGGCAGGUCGUGUCCUCCGAGAAGGCUUGUUUCCAGGGCGAAGUCGGUGCCGGCGUGUGUGAGGGCGACGAAGGUGGCCCGAUUCUCGUAGACGGCGUCCAGGUGGCUCUGGUGUCGCAGAACGUGGGUUGCCAAGCCUACCCCGCCAUCGUCACCCGCCUCGGCCCGUUCCUCGACUGGAUCAAGAGCCACUUCGAAGCCUGAUCCUCCAAGGUCCUCCUCGAAGGUCCUCCUCGAAGGUCGUCCUCGAAGGUCGUCCUCGAAGGUCGUCCUCGAAGGUCGUCCUCGAACGGCGCGAGAAAGGGUCCUGGUCGUCCUCGAAGAAGCGUGGGAGGUUUGGGGGGAAUCGCGAGGUGGUUGGAGGGUGGUGAAUAAAGCGAGAGGAGGAUGAUAA